AUGGGUGGCUGUGGAGGCCUUGCAUCCUUGUCAAUUGGUCAUCUGACCUCCCUUGCAUCAUUAAGACUAGUAGAUCUCCCUGAUCUGUGCUUUAUUGAAGGACUGUCUUUCCUGCAACUUCACAGCGUAUAUUUAAAAGAUGUCCCGAAGCUCAAAGCGAAGUGCAUCUCACAGUUUCGGGUGCAGAAAUCACUCAGUGUUAGCAGUCCUGUGAUACUCAACCACAUGCUCUCGGCUAAAGGUUUUACAGUUCCAGAAUUCCUCAAUCUUAUUAAUUGCAAGGAGCCAUCUGUUUCAUUCGAAGAAUCUGCAAAUUUCUCAUCCCUGCGGUACCUGUCAUUAUAUAAUAGUGAAAUGAGGUCCCUGCCAAUAAAUCUGAAGUGUCUGUCCAGUCUGACAAAGCUUGGUAUCUACGGGUGCCCCAACAUAUCAUCUUUACCUGAUCUACCAUCCUCCCUUCAACAUAUAUGUGUUCGGCGUUGUGAGCGCUUGAAGGAGAGCUGCCAAACACCCGAUGGAGAAAGCUGGCCAAAGAUUGCGAGUAUCCGCUGCAAGGAAAUCGAAUGA